CGUAUCUGGUAGUCGGAGUAUCUAAUCGGUACUUACUUUUACCUAUACUUGUUGCAUGGAUCAGCUGAGCUUCUUGUCGUCAUAAUUGCAACUGUAGUAAUCUUCGCCUCACCCCACACAAUCGACAUCUCCACAUCCCGCCUCAAGUGAGCACGAAAACGAACUUCCGCGACCAAACCCCGACAGCAACAAACCUCGCAUGAUCAUCCAACUACGGGAGUGCUCCAAUCAUGACUAGAACACUCAAUCUCAACGAGGAGCUGCUCUACCGGGAGCUCCAGGGCAACCAUGGUGUCGGGGCCAUCAACAAGCUCUAUGGCGACAGGCGAUGGGUCAGGGACUUGGAUAUCAUUGCAGAGCUAAGAGGACACGACGGAUGUGUCAACGCGCUGCAAUGGUCUCGGGACGGAUCGCUUCUCGCGAGCGGCAGUGACGAUACUCGGGUCAACAUCUACAGUGCGAACGCCGGCUUCUCGCUCAACACGCAGAUCGAGACGGGCCACCGCCAGAACAUCUUUUCGGUCAAGUUUAUGCCGCAUUCGUCCGAUCGCACUAUCAUCACUGCCGCGGGCGACUCGCAGAUCCGCAUCUUCGACAUCGAGUACGCGCCUACCACCUACACGACAUUGGCGGAGACGGCGGGGCCGGUGGUCGAUUCCCUAAGCUCGACGGGGAGGUCUCGUCGCGGGUACAAUCGCGGGUAUUCACAGCCGAGUCCUACCCCAGGGAAGAUCCACGAUAAGCCGAUGAGAGUGUACACUAGCCACUCGGACAGGGCCAAGCGGAUCGUGACGGAGUCCUCGCCACAUCUGUUCAUGACCUGCUCUGAAGAUGGAACAGUGAGGCAAUUUGACCUCCGGCAGCCGUCGCAGUUCUACACCCGGCCCCAUGCCGAUCCUUCUAGGCCAGCGCCGCGCGCCCCCUUGCAGAACAUGCGUGACGAAGAUGAAGAUGAGGCGAAUCCGCCGUUGAUAUCCUAUCGGCGCCACGGAAUCGAUCUGAAUACCAUCUCGUGCUCGACCUCGCAGCCGCACUACCUUGCCGUUGGAGGUUCGCACCAAUACUGUUUCCUCCAUGACCGGCGCAUGCUGGGACGGGACCGUAUGGCCGAGGCAGGAAAAUUGUAUAGCCGCGUUCCGAUCACCGAACCCGACGAGGAGAGUCUCGCAGGCGCCACAAAGUGUGUGCGUCGCUUCGCCGCGCGGAAGAGGGGUAAGAUAAUGUAUCACUCGCAUAUCACGUCGUGUAAGAUCUCGGAUGCGAACCCGAACGAGCUGCUCGGUUCGUGGUCUGGGGAUGGGGUUUAUCUCUUCGAUAUCAAACGAUCUCCGCUGCCUAACGAGGAAGGCCUUGGCCGUGAACCGUGGGAACCCGAGGCGCGCAGGAGCAGUGGCAGGGCCAAAAGGGAACGGGAUGGGAACGCUCGCGCUCGCAAGAGACGCCGUAGCCGCUCCCCGUCUGAUUCUCCCGAUGAAUCCGUGCCUGGACAGAGCACCCGGAAGAUCUGUGCUUUGGUGACUGAACUAAAGGAGGAGAUAUUCGGCUUCGCCUCAUCCAACCUUCUAGGGGAUGUCGGGAAUCUCGCGGCGGAGCGACGGAGGUCUUACGACGCAGCUCUGGCACUAACGCAUGCGCUGCUACAGCGGAUCAAUGACUCCAUCGAAGCCAUGGAUCAGGCGGACUGCAAUUCCCUCCAUUUUGAAGGUGAUCCAACAUAUCUGCAGAUCGAACGCCCCCGGCUAGCAAAUCUAGCCGAGAAAAGGAGGAAAGUCAGAGCCUUCGUGAUCGGUGCGGGAUGUGUGGCACGGGCCAACGGCGGUUUCGUAGAGGGGAUUGGACUGGGUGCUGGAGCCUUCGUGACACCCCUGGCGCCCGUCGCGUCCUUCAGAUAUCUGUUCCUGAAAGCGGUGGUUGCGUUCCUGAACUCCGGAGCAGCUGGUGUUAGAGAACAGGCAAAUGAGUAUUAUGAAGAGGAAGCGGAACUGCAGGGAGACGAGUGGGUUCCGGAGCGAUCGCCGCCAUCCACGCAGGAGAAUCUUGAGCGCUUCCUGCAGAGUCUUGAACACCAAGCGAGCUUGGAUGCAGUUCGAGAUGUUAUAACCAGCGAGGAGCUCUUUGAGUCCGAGGUCGCGAUGGUUAGAGCAUUCAAGGCCAUCCUCUUGGCCGAUUCCGCAGAGUCGAUCAUGCCCGGAGCCGCAGGACGGAAGUUUUGGGGCGAGAGGGUCGCGAGGGCCUUGCUUGUGAGAGAGACUUACGGAAUGGAUUAUGAUUACGUAGCGGAUGCCUUUGGCGAACAGACUCCGGAAAGAAAUCGUAGACGAGUGAGAGGUUCUGGUGAGACCAGUGCUCUUUUGGGAGAAGGCCCGGAAGAUGACGGCGAUAUCGAUAUGGAUGUGGAUAUUCCUGACGAAGACGAUGACAAGGAGUCCAGUGAUGACGGUGAUAAUGAUGAGGAUGAUGAGGAUGAUGACGAUGACGAUGAAGACGAAGACAGCGGUACGGAUGCCUGGAAUGGAUUUGGACGCCCUAGUCGGGGACCUGUGGAAGUCCACGCUCCUGUUUGGGAACACACAAAGGUCUACCGUGGACAUUGUAACAUCAAAACCGUCAAGGACGUCAACUUCUAUGGGCUCAACGACGAGUACGUUGUUUCCGGCUCAGAUUGUGGAAACCUGUUCAUUUGGGACAAGAAGACGACCAAGCUGGUCCAGCUUCUCCGCGGCGAUGACGAGACGACAAAUGUGGCUGUCGGACAUCCAUACGAGCCGCUCCUCGCAGUCUCGGGAAUCGAUCAUACAGUCAAGCUCUUCUCUCCGGAUUCCAAGUUGCAGCAAGAAUUCGGCGAGAAGGCUCGGUCGGGGGGAAGGGCUGAUGACGGAGAAACCGAGCGGAACUACAGCGAACCGGUUUCAAGAAGAUUGCUGAAUCGCAGCCAGAAAAUCAUCGAUCGGAACCGAGACAACAACGUGACUGGACUCACAAAUACUAUUCUUACGAGGGAUAUGCUUGAACAGUUUGUCGAGAGGUUGAGGGCUGGCGGUGAUAUGGAGGGCGGCACUGCAGUCAUCGAGGGAGAUUGCGCGAUCAUGUGAAAAUCAUAUGCGCUCGUUUCGUUUGCUCUGUCUUUCUUUUUCUCCUGGCAAUUUGGCGUUUAUGGUGGGAUUUGCUUGUCCAGCAGGAAUCCCGUUCACUCUUGUAUGUAACAAAGUAACUACGAGUAUCUCUACUACCA